AAUGGAGAUCUCCUCUCAUCUGUCUGACCUCUUGCAGCAACUCAACGAGCAGCGCAGGCAAGAUGUGUUUUGUGACUGCAGUAUUCUAGUUGAAGGAAAGGUCUUCAAAGCGCACCGAAAUGUAUUGUUUGCUAGCAGUGGCUACUUUAAAAUGCUGCUUUCUCAGAAUUCGAAGGAGAUGAGUCAGCCAACCACAGCUACAUUUCAGGCCUUCUCUCCUGACACGUUCACAAUUAUCCUGGACUUUGUCUAUUCCGGCAAACUCUCUCUUAGUGGACAGAAUGUUAUAGAAGUGAUGUCCGCUGCAAGCUUCCUUCAGAUGACUGAUGUUAUUAGCGUGUGCAAGACGUUCAUUAAAUCUUCCUUGGACAUUAGUGAGAAAGAAAAGGAUCGCUAUUUUAGUCUCUCUGAUAAGGACGCCAGUUCAAACAGGAUAGAACGUCCCUCUCUUUAUGCUGGUGGCUGGCAAGAAGAGAGCAGUUCCCCUCAGCCUCACUUCAGCCCUGACCAAGGGACAAGUGUAAUUAGUGCAAAGUCAUGGAGUAAGUCUAAUUAUCAUCCAGCCUGCCAAAGGAAUACUCAGCCACCUCUGACCAAGCAUGAACAAAGGAAAGACUCCAUCAAAAAGACCAAGCACUUGAGGCUGUCCCCACUGUCUGAAGUUGCUCAUUUUAAGUCCAGCAAACCAGAAUCACAGACAUCUGAUUCUGCCAACCACGCUUCCCAGUCUGAAGAGCAAGCACAAGCUGGUGCUGAAAUGGACUCUGCUCCUGUUGGGUAUCAGUACGGUCAAGCAUCUGAGGUCACAUCCAGGAGUUUUCCAGAUGAUCUGUCCAGGCUGCGAUUCAAGUGCCCAUACUGCACACAUGUGGUGAAGCGGAAAUCAGACCUCAAGCGCCACCUGCGCUGCCAUACAGGAGAAAGGCCCUAUCCGUGUCAAGCUUGUGGAAAACGAUUUAGCAGGCUAGACCAUCUAAAUAGCCAUUUCCGAACAAUUCACCAGGCGUGCAAACUAAUCUGCAGAAAAUGCAAAUGUCAUGCUACUGACCUAACAGGGCAAGUGGUCCAGGAGGGCACCAGGCACUACAGACUGUGCAAUGAAUGCCUUGCUGAAGUUGGCAUAGACCGUCUCCCCAUUGAUUUGGAAGCUGAGCAACAUCUUAUGUCCCCAUCAGAUGGAGAAAAGGAGUCUCGAUGGCACUUAAGUGAAGAGAAUCGAUCUUAUGUGGAGAUUGUAGAGGAUGGAUCUGUUGAUCUGGUCAUCCAGCAAGUUGAUGAUAGUGAAGAGGAAGAAAAAGAGAUAAAGCCCAAUAUUAGGUAGCCAUCAUGGGAACUGACAGCUGGCAUGUCUGCAGUUCACAUGGACAUCUUGUAUCUCUCUUCCCAUGGGCAGACUGGUUAACAGGUUUAUCAUACUGUCUUAGAGGAAAUGACCUGGUAUAACUUGCAUGCUUUCUGAAUAGGCCAUUUUAUCCAUUCUGAACUUUGGUGCCCUAAGAUAUGUUGCUGCACUGGAAAGACCUUGGUUGAGUUGAUUGGCAUGAUGGGUGAACAGUUACUCUCUUAUGUUAUUACAGAGGUACCCCUUUUCUGUCAAUAUUGGAAAAUCUAUUUAGCAAACUUUUCAAAUAAAAUAUUUUAAAUAAAUUUAUCACAACAAAACUUGAAGAUUAUU